AGCUGACCGGACUGAAGGAGGAGCCUGUUGCCGUGCCAACACCAAUCAGCAGCGGGGACCUCUGGGCCCUGUUGCUGCGGAAACAGCCCAGGUAGAUCCGCUCUGACAGCAGGUGACAGGUACGACCCGCGAGGACCAGGUGGACGGCAGGAAGGUGGUUGGUCUGGAGUACGAGGCGUACGAGGCCAUGGUCCAAUCAGAGUUCUCCCAGCUGUGCGGGGACCUGAGAGCGCGCUGGCCCAGCCUGCUGCACAUCUGCAUCCACCACCGCCUGGGGUGGGUGAAGGUGGGCGAGGCCAGCGUUGUCGUGGCGAUCUCCUCCCCGCACCGCCACGACGGCCAGCAGGCGGUCCAGCUGUGCGUCAGCCGGCUGAAGGCCAGCGUCCCCAUCUGGAAGAAGGAAGUGUACGACACCCAGGAAGUGAGCUGGAAGGAGAACGCAGAGUGCCGGUGGUCUCAGAGCAGCGGCUCGGCGUCUGAGACGAAGAAAUGCUGAGGCGUUGAGUGUCUCUGUCUGUCACUGGGAAUUAAACCUGAAACCAAC